AUGGCUACUCUACCGAUCCUCUCUGUUAUCCUCUGUGCUGCUCUGUCUGUUGGGGCUGCAACAGCUCGUUUUGAUUUUUGCCUUGAUGGUUGGCUUAGUUUCCGUGGUGACUGCUACUUCUUAGCCAACUUUGCUGAUACCUGGAGAAAUGCUGAGACAUUCUGUUCUCACUAUGAUGCCAAUCUUGCCUCGGUCCACAACAUCUGGCAGUAUAAUUUCCUCCAGCGUAUGGCCAAGACUGGUGGUCACACUUUUACCUGGAUUGGAGGUUUCUACUUCCAGGAUGACUGGAGAUGGAUAGAUGGCUCAGUGUUUGGCUAUCACAACUGGGAAACAGCAGCAUCCAUUGACCAGUACCAGUGCCUACAGCUAAACUCUCAAGGAUCCAAGGGCUGGUCCAAUCAUGGUUGCAGCAUGCACUUCCCAUUCAUCUGUCAGGCGAGGCCAAACUGCUAG